GUGGUGGAGAUACAUGUAAUACAUCUCUGUAAAGCAUUUUGUUCAUGUGUAAACACAAUACAAAAAGUGAAGUCGACUUCCGUGGACGAAGCAGCAAUUUUUCUGGGGGAAUUUUGUUCUGAAUAGUAAAUAUGCCUGCUCACAUCACUUGAAAUAUUUACUUCUAGAGGGAGAGAGACUAAAGUUUUCUGACGCUCCUGUCCACACAUGUACACAUCCAUUGUUUGUGUGUUUGGAAACAGAACAGCCCGAUGAGGGACAACACAUCCGUAUUUCUCCACUCAUUAUGCCGAUUGUCUCACCCGAUGAUAGCGAUUCCAACUCACGAUCACACGAGCCUGUUCUAAGGAGACUACAGGCGGACUCCAAGGAUUCGCAGGUGACCGCAAACGCAUCCAAAGACUCCUUACAUAGUCCCAAAGACAGCGGCCAGAGGAAAAGUCCUGGUCAGAACUUGUUUACGUUUGUUGACCCGUCGGUGCGAGUGCAGGGUGCGGAGGCCCCGCAAGAACUGUUGUCUGGCCGUACCACCACGCCCAUGCUAAAUCCAUCAGGUAACUACUGGGGGAGCUUCACAAGGUCACAUUCCCCAAGGACAAGGCUCUCUCCUCCGUCACUGGCAGGGAGGAACUACCCUGCGCGCUCCCACGUGGUGCGUGGUCGGCACUCCCCUUCUGACAACGUGCCGUUGAAUCAUCCCCGCUCCCCCAGCUACGACUUUCGUGAAACAACUAGCCGGAGAAGGUCUUAUCACGAAUCUCUUGGUGUCGGGAGCCAGCAGUCAUCAGGGUUAUCCUCAGGAGCACAACCAAUAGAGGAAGCAAACAGAAAGGUAGGCAUCGUUCUUCUCUAUCAUUUCUCUUGUUUGAAGUCUCCCACAGGUUUAAGAUUAAAGAUAAACUUGAGCAGGCAGGCAGGGAGGCAGCUCUGCGGCGGCCGCGACGACGCACAUCAUCCACGAUCCAACGAGGCAAGAUUCGAUGACUCCACCAUCCCUUAUUCGUGA